AUGAACGAAACUAAAUUACAAAAAAUAAAAAAUAAUAUUAUAAAUAAAAGUCCACUUAACAUUGAACAAAUGAAAAAAAAAAUAAAUAACAUACAUUAUAUUCUUAACCAAUUGACAAUACAAAAUUUUCAAAUCCCUGCUUCCGAUCUGCCAAAUUGUUAUAACAAUAAUAUUAUCUCCUACAAAAAACAAAUAAAUUCAUUAACUCAAUAUUUAAAAAACUGCAGCUUUCCACACAAUUUAAAAAAUUAUUCAAACCAAUUAUUAACACCCGCAACAACACCGGCAAAUCAAUCGACAAGGCAAACAAGAGAAAUAGAAGAUACGCCAGUGCGCAUAAAACAAAAUGUGAAAACCUUUUAUAAAAGAUCAAUAAGAACCGAUGUAUUGAGCAAUUUGAGAUUGUUUUCCACUUUAACACAAUCAUUAUCAUCAUCAAUGACCAAACAACAUGCUGUUACCAAUUCUUCAACCACUAUAAAAAAUAAAAUGUUAUAG